AUGGAUAGAAUACACGGCAGCACCUAUGACAAAGCCAGCGAUGGUCACGACGGGUCAUAUCAACACAAUGGACACUACGAUAGCGCCAAUCAUGCUCAUGCUCAUGAAGGCGGAGGACAUUUUGAAGAGGAUAAGCAUUUGAAAGCAGGAAAAUAUGCCAACGCUGAUGCUGUGGGAGCACACAAAUCGGGUAGCCAUCACGACAAUGAUGCCAAAAAGCAUUCCGAAUCUUCAAGUAAACAUGGAAAAGAUACAAAAACAAAAUCAUAUGGUUAUUUCGACUACCAGUAUGUACAACCUCAAUAUCACGUCGAAAAAUUCCACACCGAUGAAAAACAUGCGAGAAAAUACGAUUCCGAUACUCAUUCAGCAGGAAAUCAGGAACGUUCCAAUGGGGGUUACUACAGUAAAGGACACGACAAGUAUCAGAAGAGCCAUGGGGCUCAUGGCUCUCAUCAUGGUGGCUACAAAGAACAUGAAGGCAGCCAUGGGCACUCCAAGAAUGGACAUGAAUCC